GGGAGCUCGGGGAAGGGGCGGGGUUCCGUGUGCGGGGCCGGAAGCAGCGGCCGGCUCAGGCAGUGACGGUUUUAAAUCCCCCUGGGCGGUGAUGGACGCGCGGGCGCGAGCUAAGCGCUACGAGAAGCUCGACUUCCUGGGCGAGGGGCAGUUUGCCACUGUUUAUAAAGCAAGGGAUAAGAACACCAAUCAGAUUGUUGCUAUUAAAAAGAUUAAACUUGGACAUAGAUCGGAAGCUAAAGAUGGAAUCAACAGAACAGCCCUGAGGGAGAUAAAAUUGUUACAGGAGCUAAGCCAUCCAAAUAUCAUUGGUCUUCUUGAUGCAUUUGGACACAAAUCCAAUAUUAGUCUGGUCUUUGAUUUUAUGGAAACAGAUCUAGAGGUUAUAAUAAAGGAUAGUAGUCUUGUGCUGACACAAUCUCACAUCAAAGCAUAUAUGUUGAUGACACUUCAAGGACUGGAAUAUUUACAUCAGCACUGGAUUCUGCACAGGGAUCUCAAACCAAACAAUUUGUUACUAGAUGAAAAUGGGGUUCUAAAAUUGGCUGACUUUGGCUUGGCAAAAUCUUUUGGAAGCCCAAAUAGAGUCUAUACACACCAGGUAGUAACAAGAUGGUAUCGAGCACCUGAGCUACUGUUUGGUGCUAGAAUGUAUGGUGUAGGUGUAGAUAUGUGGGCUGUUGGCUGUAUCUUAGCAGAACUGCUUCUUAGGGUUCCUUUUUUGCCAGGAGACUCUGAUCUUGAUCAGCUGACAAAAAUAUUUGAAACGCUGGGGACUCCAACAGAAGAACAGUGGCCUGGCAUGUCUAGUCUUCCAGAUUAUGUAACAUUUAAAAGUUUCCCUGGAAUGCCACUUCAACAUAUCUUCAGUGCAGCUGGUGAUGACUUGCUAGAUCUUCUCCAAGGUCUAUUCAUAUUUAAUCCUUGUACUAGGGUCACAGCUACACAGGCAUUGAAACAGAAGUAUUUUAGUAAUCGACCAAGACCAACACCAGGAAGUCAAUUGCCAAGACCAAACUGUCCUGCAGAAGCCUUAAAAGAACAACAAAAUUCACUUUUAAAUUUAAAAAGGAAGAGAACAGAAGGAAUAGAUCAAGGAUUACCAAAAAAGUUGAUUUUUUGAUUACCGUGGAUGAUGAUGAUGAUUAAAUGGCCUGAAAGACCAAGACAAUGGGAAAAUGCUGCAACAUUAACUGAACUUUGAUGAAAAGUGAAUUUGUAAUAUAUUUACAUGUGUAAAAUGUGAAACUUAAUAUUUCAAUGCUGAAACCAUGUGGAGUGUUUUAUUAAACCUAUUCCUCUUUGAAUAAAUAUAUUUUUUAAAAAGA